UCAGAGCCGGAUGGAACGCACGCUGGAACGUAGCGGCGGCGUGGCUGUGAUGACAUCAGAUCCCAGGGUGCACUGCGACUGGCCGUGGAAGGCGAAAGUGCACUCCUUUUUCAAGCAGGGGGAGCACUGGCACAUCAAUUAUGUAACAGUAGUGAGCAGAUAUUUAGUGGUAAUACAGCAUGAUUGCAAGAUGAUAAACAUAUUGGUAAUAAUACAUGCAGAUGACAUUAUAAAAAGUAAAUUACAUUGUAAAAAAUUGUAAAAAAUAGAAUAAAAUAUAAAUAAUGAACAAAAGGUUAUAAAUAAUAAACUAAAAAUUGGAUUAAAAAAAAAAAAAAAAAAAAAAGAUACAUUGUCCCCAGGCGGACU